AGGCGUGGCCCAAAAUGAGGUCACUUGUUUUCACGAGUCCUGAUGUAUCCAGAAACCUGAACGGGAAAGAACAGUGUGACAGUCCAGCCUGGGAGAGACGAUAUCCGUACGCUUUCUCUUUUCGCUCUGAAUACAAGGCUUUUUUUUUACAGAGACAGCGGGAUCAGUAGAGGAUUUUCCUUUUGUGAGAUCAAUCAUCACCUUUCUUUUCUCAACUGACAGGCUUUUCCUAAUGUCGCAAGAUUCAGACUCCAAGCCCUACUGCUUCUCAGUGCUGCAGGACCAAGAUGGAACUUCAUGCAGCUCCAUGCCCAUGGGUGCCUCAGGGUGCAGCUCCAUGGCACAGCUGCAUCGGAUGGGUGGAUACAGUCAAGGUGGGCCUGACUUAGGCCUCCCCUCAGAGGGCAGCGACAGCAGCGGUCAGGACCCUCCCGCCUCGAAGCACAAGCAUCGCAAGAACAUCCGCUCUCGAUCGCUCCCUGAAGAGGACAUGGAGAUGAAAAGCAGUGGCUCCAGCGGGAGUGGAACCGAAUCACACGGCAAUGAAAGCCACGGCAACGCAAGCCGUGGCAAUGAGAGUCUUGGCCAUGCGUCAAUGGGCAGCUCCAAUGGCAACAGCAAGGACUCGGCAAUACUGGAAUCUUCUGAAAGCAAUAAGAGCUCAAACUCUCACAGUCCGUCUCCUCCGAGCAGCUCCAACGCCUUCAGUCUGCUGAGCUCAGAGCAGGACAACCCAUCAACCAGCGGCUGCAGUAGUCAGGAGUCUGCCAAAGCUAAGACCCAGAAGGAGAUGAUUAAAACUCUGAAAGAGCUGAAGCUUCACCUGCCCAAUGAGAAGAGACACAACAGCAAGUCCUCUACACUGAACACCCUCAAGUACGCACUGCGCUGCAUCAAACAGGUGGAAGCCAAUGAGGAGUAUUACCAGCUGCUGAUGACCAAUGACAGUCAACCUUCAGGCCUGGACGUAUCCUCUUAUACGAUAGAGGAGAUAGACAGCAUCACUUCAGAAUACACCCUCAAAAACAACGACAUGUUUGCAGUAGCAGUGUCUCUCACCACAGGAAGGAUAGUCUACAUUUCUGAUCAGGCUGCCUCCAUCCUCAACUGCAAAAGAGACGUAUUUAAGAACAGCAAGUUUGUGGAGUUCCUGACGCCGCAGGAUGUUAGUGUGUUCUACAGCUUCACAACGCCAUACCGCCUGCCUUCCUGGAGCAUGUGCACUGGGGCAGAGUCAUCACCCCCUGACUGCAUGCAGAAGAAGUCCUUCUUCUGUCGUAUCAGUGGUGGUAAGGAAAGCGUGGGCCUUCUGCAGUACUAUCCGUUCCGCAUGACGCCCUACCGGAUGAAGGUUCAAGAUACAGUUCAUGCUGAAGACCAGUUCUGCUGUCUCCUGCUGGCGGAGAGAGUUCACUCUGGUUAUGACGCACCAAGAAUUCCGACUGACAAACGCAUCUUCACCACCACACACACUCCGAGUUGCAUGUUUCAGGAUGUAGAUGAGAGGGCGGUUCCUCUCCUUGGGUAUCUCCCCCAGGACCUGAUUGGCACACAAAUCCUCCUCCAUCUGCAUCCCCAUGACCGACCAAUUAUGUUGGCCAUUCACAGAAAGAUUCUGCAAUUUGCAGGACAACCAUUCGACCACUCCUCCAUCCGGUUCUGUGCGCGAAAUGGAGAAUAUGUCAUUCUGGACACCAGCUGGUCCAGUUAUGUCAACCCCUGGAGCCGCAAGGUGUCCUUUGUUAUGGGAAGACACAAAGUGCGAAUGGGCCCUGUGAAUGAAGAUGUUUUCUUGGCUCCUGUCUCCUCUGUCAUUGAGAUGAAGACCAUGGACUCUGACAUCCAGGAGAUUACUGAGCAGAUCCAACGGCUUCUGCUACAGCCGGUCCAUAACAAUGGCUCAAGUGGUUACUGUAGUCUGAAUAGAAACGACCACCUUGUGGGCAUGGGCUCCUCUAACGAGAGCCUUAACAACGGCAGCGGGGCCAAGAUCCAACAAGAGGAGGAGGAAGUGAGCAACAAAGCCAGACCGCGGACCUUUCAGGAAAUCUGUAAAGGAAUACAUCUUCAGAAGAGCCUGGAGCAUCAGACAACCAAACCAGACAUCAAGAAAAGCAAUGGCAAGUGUAUACAGAGAAGCUCAGCGGUGGUGCGGCCAAAAGACUUGACGCCACUCUACUGGAAGGACACCGGGGUCACAAUGGAGGAGAACCGGUCCUCCUCCAACGAGGAGACGGUCUUGAAAGAUCAGACCCUCUACUCCUACCAGCAAAUCAGCUGUCUGGACAGUGUUGUCAGGUACUUGGAGAGCUGUAAUGUUCCCAUCAGUAUGAAAAGGAAGUGCCAGUCCUCCUCUAACACCACAUCCUCUAACUCGGAUGAGGACAAACAGAAAGGACCUAACAGCAUGCAGGUGUCUGAAGAACCAGCCUUGUUGAAGAAUCAGUCUUCUCUCUCCGCUUUGGAAGAUCACGACAAAAAGUCCAGUGACGCGGCCACAGCGGUAGUGGGCACAUCCCUGCCCCUUUCUGUACCAAACAAACCCGAAAGUGUGGUGUCCAUAACCAGCCAGUGUAGCUACAGUAGCACCAUAGUGCAUGUUGGGGACAAGAAACCUCAACCGGACUCAGAGAUCAUAGGGGAUGUCCAAGGAACAGGAGAAACAGUAGAAUCCAGCCAGAGCCCCGGCGCUCCUCUCUGUGUUGUUUCACCUCCCAGUCAAGAGAGGGAGUCCUAUAAGAAACUCGGGUUGACCAAGCAGGUUUUGGCAGCCCAUACGCAGAAGGAGGAGCAGACCUUUCUGUAUCGCUUCAAGGAGCAUCAAGGACUUACAGCGCUUAAAGAAAACUGCUCUCAGUACCUGGAGCGUCAGAGGGAACAGAUCGCCAGCUAUGCUAUACCCGCUGCUCAGUCCUCCAAGCAGGAUGGACCAAUUGCAGAGCCCACCGCUCGGCGAGGUACACGGAACAAGAGGACCAAGUCAAAGCGGGCGAAGCAGAUGGAGUCCUCCGACAGCACAGUGUCCCAUCACAGACAGCAACACCUGCGGCCUCCUCUUCUAAACCACGGCCUUAACCUGACCUCUUGGUCGAGCUCUGACACCUCGCAGUCAACGUUCCCCAUGGCUUACCCCUCCGUGAUGCCAGGCUACCCCCUCCCGGUGUACCCCAGAGGCAGUUCUAUAGCCCCUCGCACAGACGCCACUCUUCAAGGCUUUGUGGACAAUCAGGGUACCCAGCCCCCUCCCUGCCCCCCACCCAUCCACACUUCUCCCUACACCGCCCCUAUGGUCACUCCUAUUGUGGCUCUCAUGCUGCCCAUGCCCUUCUCUCCAUUGGCCCCCUCACUGCCACCUCCACAGCCAAUGUACCAUGCAGCCACUGCUGGCUUCCCCACCCAAAUGCAGCCUUUUGGUCAGGCUGCCUUUCCAAUCCCAGGCCCCUUCGCAGCGUCUCCAUCCUUCACUGUCCAGAACCAGUUCAACUCACCAAACCACUUUGCUCUACCGUCGAACUACAUUCCCCCUUCGUUCUACUUUCCUCCAGUCUCGGAAACCUCAAAGGCACCCAUGGUUGAGAGCCAGUCUCGCUCCUCCACGCCGCAGUCUGGAGGAGGUGGAGGCCCGGCAUCUCCUCCCCUGUUUCAGUCUCGCUGCAGCUCACCCCUCAACCUGCUGGAGCUGGAGCUGUCGGUGGACCGGCAGGACAGCACAGCGUUCUCCUCUGGAGGUCAAGGGAAUACUAUUGCAGAAAGGGAGAAGGGAGCCAGUGGAAACCAGGCCAAAGAGAGGGAGCUGAGCAGUUCACGUGGCGAUGGGAACAACAGUGAUGCCAACUCUUUGUCCAGCGACAUGUUGGACAUUAUUCUCCACGAGGACUCAGCCGACUCGGGGUCCAUGGGCUCUGGAUCGAAUGGUUGUAGUACUUCAGCCAGUGGGACCUCCAAUAGCGGGACGUCUAACAGUAGGACAUCAGACAGUGGUACAUCAAAGAGCAGGACAUCAGCCAGUGGGACCUCCGGCAGUGGGACAGGAAGCAACAACAGUAGUAACUACUUUGGCAGCGUGGACUCGUCGCAGAACAGUCAGAAGGUCAAAGGUCACCUGAGUGGCAGCGAUGGCAGGCCUUUGGAGAUGGACCACAGUGAACACUUUAUCACUGACAUCCAGAGAGUGCUCAGAGACGACAGAGAGAAGCUGAGGAUGCUGCAGAAGAGCCAGCCGAGCUUUUCAGAGGAGCAGAAGAAGGAGCUGAUGGAGGUGCACACCUGGAUUAAGAGAGGAGGUCUGCCAAAGGAGAUAGACAUCAAGGCGUGCUCCUGUUGUAACAGCGUCUCGGAGGCAGCAGCGGUGGAGGAGGAACAGGCAAACCUGGACAUCGGUGAAACGGAGACACUGGAGGAGGGCUGUCAGCGGAGGCCCAGAGAGGAACCCUCAACCUCAAACUCUCUCUCAGAUACUACCAGCUAGACAACAAACUCUUCAAGAUCUUCAAAGUGUCAUCAAUUACCCGUCAGACUCUGUUUCUGCACAACUGUGAAAAGUGGCCUUCUUUGCGUGAAGCACUUAACUCUUCUCACAACAUUCAUUGCCGUCUUAAGUCAAAACGUUUGUUGAAUGUAAAUAUAUGAGUGCUGGAUUCUGUGACUGCAUAUGUUCAUUCACACAUUCUGUUUAGCACUUAAUAUAGUGCAGCAUCUGCAUUGAUAGGUCAUAGGUGAAACGCAAUGUGUGCCCAUGCACCGAGCAGCACAGUAGAUGUCGAACACACACAAACAAACCAGAGGCUGCAUCAUUCACAUGGCAGGAAGUGGCUCUUUGGUGUUCAAACUGCUGCGGUAAAAUAGUUGAUUCAGCUUUUUGUGUCGUGAUUUCCUCAGUUACAACAACAGCACGCUGAUUCAGCUUGUGGUAAAAACAGGCGGAGUUCAAUUUCAGUAACUCCUCUUCAGUGUUGUAUAGCCAUCACGCACUAAAUGAAUGCACAUUUGCACUUUGUGAGCUACACCAGAUAAAAGAUUAAAUGUGUUGUGUUUAGUCACUAGUAGCAAAUUAUGUCCAAAACACAAACUUGCUCCCGAAUGCAGCAGGCAUGGACUCACAAUCUGAAGCUUUUCACCACCUCCAUCCUGAAAACAUACUCCCAUACCAUGCAAUACUAAACGUACAAUAUUAUAUAUUGAACUUAAGUGAUGUAAUACUAUAAUGUAUCAUAAAUGGAAAAGUCCAUAUGUUACUGAACACCAGGUACGAUGUAGGUGGUGAAACCAUUAUUGACUGAAAAAGAUAAACAGCAUUUAAUCACGAGUGCAUGUUAUAAUGUUUAUGAGAAUGUAUCAUUCAAAGGGAGCUUUGUGUCACUUGUAACCUUAUGAAGUUUUAAGUUUUCAAUGUUUAUGCAUAUUUCUAUUUAGCAUCUUUGUCAGUAUCACCUGUGAAACAUGACUCUCAUUUAAAGAAACUUUAAUUUAAUGCAUUUCAAAGCUUGUGUGAAUGUAAUGGUCUCUGAGCAUAUAUUUAUAUUUUUUCAUACAUCAAUUACUUCUUUUUGAAACAAAUGUGUAUUUUUCAUUCAUCUUAAAAGAACCAAUAGUAUUAAUAUUAAGCAUACAUGUGUUUCAAAUGUGAGUUGUGAAAUCACCAUCAGGAGAAAUCCCACCAUGGACUGGAAAAUACUGGUAUGUUGUUUAUGGUGGGUGGUAAAUGUAAAUUGGGGGGGGAAAAUUGUUUUCCCCAGUUUUCAAAGUGUGUCACAUAACACUUGUAAUGGUCUGAUGUUGACCCUCAUAAAUGUGGAAAAGAGCCUCCUGAGCAUCCUGUGGAAGUGUCUGAAGCUCAUUACCGUUUUGUGUGGUCAUCUCAGAAGUGGAAGUUUAGGGUUAUUGCACGGGUAUAAAGCACACAGAUGUCAAGUGACUGUGGAGAGCUUUCCUUCACUUUGAAGCUCAUCUGCUCUUCAUGGCAAAUUGAACAUGUUCCUGAAUUUGUCAUUUGUCUUUCUGUUAUUUGAACAGGCACUGACAACAAUGCACCUUUUAUUUCCCCCUUUUUUAAGUGGCGAAUGUUCUCGAAAUAAAACGUUGCCAAAUUUUAAUGUGACGGUUAAAAUGUCUGCUUCUUUCUUGCAUACAGGCUAUAAAAGACGUGUCAUCGACAAGCAGCACAUAUUACCUUAAAUAAAACAAAUACGAAACUCA